CAAACUUGAAUGAAAAUAAGCUAGUGCUUAGUGUUGGUAUUUUGGGUUUUUUUCUUAACGCUGGACAGCUUUUAGCACUAAAACAUCAAUGAAUUACGACACAAUUGCUGAUCUGCAAUCACGAAAACAAUGGGUCUCAGUGAACUCACCUAAAGGUCACUGUAGAGUUCCGUUUGUGAAAAACGUAACAUUAGCUGUUGGUCCAAUCACGAAGUAUGACGGAACCAUUCUGUGCGAGUGCGACUUCUGCUACUUUGAUAAACAGCAGGCAGUCGAAUGCAGACGAACUGGGACGUGGACGCCAGCCUGUGGUGGCUGUCAAAAGAUUGAGUGGCGACAUUUUAACAUCGGCACGCAUGGACCAACGCUAAAUUACGAGGAGCUUCCGACACUGAUUACUCCUGGAUUCAGCAUCACCUGGAGAGGAAAGCCGAGUUCACCCAAAUCGAGUUUCUCUCUGUAUUGGGGCGCUCACUUUGUACAAAUAGACAUAACUGGAAUCAAUGUUUUGAUGUGCAAAGUAGACAUCAAGAUCACUGGCACAAUUAAAAAGGUCUUCCACAUCAAUUUGCAGUCGGAAGUUUUUGAAAUUACGAUGUCCGUCGAAUUGGAGUACGUCCAGGUUACCGUGCACAGCAGUAGAUACAAGUUCCUUCAUAAUUUGAAAUUCUUUGUAAUUUCUGGAAACCGAUUCCAGAUUAAUAUCGAGGGAAAUGCCUACACCGAAAGUCUGAAAUAUGAGUAUUAACAGGAGUUGAAAAAAACAAACCUUACCAAUGUCCGACGUCCGAGGGAAGUGCAUCUGGUCGGUCGGCGAUGUAAUCUGCAGCAAUUAAAUGUUCAAUACAAUGUUAAAUCCGCAGACCCUAGUUUGAACGUACGCUUGGU